UGGACACUGACCGAUUAUGAAGGCUAGCAGGCAGCAGAGCGAUGCGCAAGCAUUACGCAUUUUAUGUAACACAAAUUAGAUCUUUCGAUUCUCUUUUGCCCUAACUUGUAGAGACAACUGGACCAUUCUUGAGAGAGAGAACACGAACAAUGGAUUAGCGAAAGGUUGUCUUGUCUCUUUAUCUUUUGUUGGCAGCCAGAGAUGAGAGAAGUCCAGCAGUGCACGCUUUGCUUUUGGCCAAACUUCACCAUUUGCGUAACCGUUGGGCGAAAUCACGAUUUCAGUAGUAGUAGCGAAAUAAAGAAGUCACUUCGGUAUUUUUUUAAGAGUUUACUUUCUGGUUAGCAAAAUGUUUUUUCCAGUUUUAUUUGUUUUCUUUUGCUCGGCUUCGGCCUACCACUGGACCCUUCCGAACAGUCAAGAACUCUUUCGCACAUUAUUGACUAACAUCACCCAGUGUACGUACACGACGGAAGAAUUUACACGCGAUCCCUUUUUCAAUGGACAGCAACCAACGUUUGGCACAACUGGAAAGGUCACCAAUACCUACUAUGGCAUUUGUGCCCCAACGGUCGAGGCCUGCGUCCACCUGGGCACCACUCCCCAUCCAGUAACUGAUGAAUUCCGGGGUCCAGGUUGUGAAGUGUGCUGCGCUCGACGAACGUGCGGAUCGUAUCCCAUCAACGGCAACGUCCAAUAUGGCUUCUGCAUGCUGCCGGAGCUGAUGCCCUUUAACGAUACCGAUGGUGCGUUUAUGACCACGCCAGCGACAACGUUCACCAACACCUUCGGUACCUUCAGCACGGGACAGUUUACUGAUCCAGGAUUUGACACGGAAGACCAAAUGUGCUUGGGAUUCGGUGGACAGAUUGCCCAAGUCACCAGCUCAAACUGGAGCAUCUGGUGGGAUUCUCAGUGCCCGAUGAGUGGACGUUGCUGUUUGUUCCCACAACCCAGUCGCUGCGAAACCUGUGGACAGAAAUAUGGUCGAAUGUUUAACUUUAAUGGUACCGCGACUGGACGAUCAGGUGGAGACGAUGAAACAUUGGCAUGGAAAACCGCUGUGCACCAAAUGGCCGGUACUGGCUGGAAUUUAGGCAUGCAACCAGCAUUUUCUCCGUAUGGUGACCAAUAUAGCCAAACUCCCCCCAACUACGAAACAUUGCUGUCGCCGCAAAUGUGGAAUAACGGCUUAAACUUCCUGUACAAGAACAAAGAAACAGAAACGAAAAAAGGCGAUGAUGAUGAUGACGACGACGAAGAUGAUUACCGUGGAUGGUGCUGGCAGGCCGCGAUUAUGAACAAAAUGGGGACCGGAAACGUGCGAUGUGGUGGUGCCCUCAUCGGAGAACGUUAUGUCUUGACCACUGCCGCUUGUGCUAACUUCACUACGGGAACGUUUGCCGAUUACAAAAUUCGAUUUGGAGCGACAGAUAUCCGGAAGGCUCAGGAGACCAACGCGGUUGAUUACGACAUCGCCAAUGUCUACAUGCAUCCGGAUUACGACACAGACACUCUGGAUAACAACAUUGCCAUCAUGGAACUCCAGACCCCGGUCACCUGCAACGGCAAAUACAUCUGCACCAUCUGCCUGCCAUCGCCGUUUAUCAUGUACUUCAGCAACUUCUCCAUGGGCGACAACCACGAACAAUGGAUUCGCGAUGACGUGCGACAGUGUGUAGCAACUGGAUGGGGCCGACGAACCUCGACUGGUCCACAAGCCUACAUCAAGGAGAUGCCGUACAUUCCAAUCUACAAUAACGACACCAUGUGCGAGACUAACAUUCGCAACAUGAAGGGUGUGCCGACUACCUACACUCUGCCCAACAACUCCUUCUGUGCAGCUCCGCAACCGACUACCCGUGGCAAGAUGUUCUCUACAUGCCAGGGAGAUGCAGGUGGGCCGUUGGCCUGCUGGUAUGGCGGUCGGUUCUAUCUCACGGGUCUGCUGUCCAGUUUCAAUACGCAGCGGUGUGACACGGGCAAGACGGGAACCAUGGUCUCCAAGAUGCUGCAGCCCAACCGCGGUAUGGACACACAGUCCUUGGUUCUGGACGUCUUCACCGACAUCGCCCAGUUCAUUCCGUGGAUCAAUCGUAUUAUGUACGGGUUCUUUUGAGCGCAAAGGAAACGAACGAUAACCGCCGAAAUGCUAAUGCUGUCAUUGCAGUGAAUGCUGCUGAUUAACAUUUGUUUUUUGUUGUUGUUGUAAAUAAUUCAUUUUUUCGCUUGCGUUUUCCCACAGUCGUGUAAUAAUGUGGUGACAGGUGAUGGCCUAAUCUUGUUUUGAGAAAUCAUCUGGUUAACUUUUCCAGCAGUUAAAACAUCAAUGCUGCAAAAAUUCAUUCUGGCUGAUGCAGUUAUUUACGAUUUCA